UGCACAGGGCGGGUCUGAGGCUCGGCGACGCCGCCGGGAGGACCCGCGCCAGGGCCGGGACAGGGACCGCUGUCCCCGCGUCCCCUCCUCUCCCGCCGCUCCCGGCCCCGCUCCGCCCCCAGAGUCCGAUGGCGGCGGCCGCGCGGAGGGAGCCGGCUCAGGGUAUGAACUUUGAGGAUGUGGCCGUUGACUUCUCCCAGGAGGAGUGGAGCCUCCUCGAUGAGGCUCAGAGAUUCCUGUUCUGUGAUGUGAUGCUGGAGAACUUUGGUCUUGUAGCAUCCCUGGGUUGUUGGCAUGGAACAGAAGAUGUGGACGCCCCUUCUGAGCAGAGUGUACCUGUAGAAGGAAAGUCACUGGUCAGGGCUUCUAAGGCAGAUCCAUCCACCAAGAAGACCCACUCCUGUGAGAUGUGUAUCCUAGUCUUGAAAGAUGUUUUGCACCAAGCUGAGCACCAAACAAUAUACCCUUUGCAGAAAUCAUACUUGAGUGGCACAUGGGUGAGAUGCCUCUGUUUCAGUACAAAUCUUCACCAGCAUCAGAAGCAUGGCAGUAGAGAGAAGCCCUGGAAAAGAGAUGUGACCAGGGCGUCGUUUGUGACAAGCUCUAACUUCUAUGUGUUAGGAGAGCCUUUCACCUGUAGGGAGGUUAGGGUGGACUUCCUGGCCACCUCAAGCCCUCUCCAACACCAGGACACUCCCAACAGUGAGGAGCCACACAAUGGCAAUAAGAGUGGGCAGGCCUUUCCCAGUGGAAAAAGUCAUUGGAAGUGGGGUAAAUAUGAGAAAGCUUCCAGCCACAAUGACACACUUGUUCAACAUGAGAAUGUCUGCUCUGGAGAAGAGCUUUCUGAGUGUAACAAAUGUGGGAAAGCUUUCAGCUGCAACUACAGAUUUGUUCAGCACCAGCAAAUUCACAAUGGACAAAGGCCAUAUGAGUGUAGUGUAUGUGGGAAAUUGUUUAGCGAAAUCUCUGGCCUGAUUAAACACCGGAGAAUUCACACUAGAGAAAGGACUUAUGAAUGCAGUGAAUGUGGAAAAGUCUUUAUCCACAAAUCCAAACUGAUUCACCACCAGAGACAGCAUGCUGGAGGAAAGCAUUAUGAGUGUGGUGAAUGUGGGAAAUCCUUUAGCUACAAAUCUCACCUCAUUGAACACUGGAGAGUUCACACUAGAGAAAGACCUUAUGAGUGUAGUGAAUGUGGCAAAUCUUUUAGCCAAAAAUCUAACCUCCUUAGACAUCAGAGAAUUCACAGUAGAGAAAGAGGUUAUGAGUGCAGUGAAUGUGGGAAGUCCUUCAGACAAAACUCUGGCCUUUCCCAACACCGGAGAAUUCACACUAGAGAAAGACUUUAUGAGUGCAGUGAAUGUGGGAAAUCCUUUACCUGCAAACAUGGCCUUACUCAACACCAGAGAAUUCAUACUGGCAGAAGUCCUUAUGAGUGCAGUGAAUGUGGGAAACCUUUUAGCUACAAAUCGUACCUCAUUCAACAUCAGAGAGUUCAUACUGGAAAAAGACCUUAUGAGUGUAGUGAAUGUGGCAAAUCUUUUAGCCAAAAAUCUAACCUCCUUAGACACCGGAGAGUUCACACUGGAGAGAGGCCUUAUGAAUGUAGUAAUUGUGGGAAAUCCUUUACCCGCAAAUCUGACCUCAUUCAACACCAGAGAAUUCAUACUGGCACAAGUCCUUAUGAAUGCCAUGAAUGUGGAAAAUCCUUUAGACAAUGGUCUGGCCUUGUUCAACACCGGAGAGUUCAUUCUGGGGAAAAGCCCUAUGAGUGCAGUGAAUGCAGGAAAUCGUUUAGAGGACGCUCUGGCCUUAUUCAACACCAGAGAGUUCAUUCUGGAGAAAAGCCUUAUGAGUGUGGGGUGUGUGGGAAGUCCUUUAAACAAAGCUCUAGCCUUUUCCGACACCAGAGAGUUCACACUGGAGAGAGACCUUAUGAGUGCAUUGAAUGUGGGAAAUCUUUUACCCAGAAAUCUUACGUCGUUGAACACCAGAGAGUUCAUACUGGCACAAGACCUUAUGAGUGCAGUGAAUGUGGGAAAUCAUAUAGGCAUCGCUCUGGCCUUAUUCAACACCAGAGAGUUCAUUCUGGAGAAAAGCCUUAUGAGUGUGGGGAAUGUGGGAAGUCCUUUAGACAAAGCUCUACCCUGAAUCAACAUCUGAGAGGUCAUACUGGUGAAAGGUAUUAUGAGUGCAGUGAAUGUUGGAAGCCCUUUACUUACAAAUCUGACCUCGCUGAACACCAGAGAUUUCACACUGGAAGAAAGGCCUUAUGAGUAUAGUGAAUGUGGCAAAUCUUUUAGCCAGAAAUCUAACUUCUUUAGACGUCAGUGAGUUCACAAUGGAGAGAGGCUGUGUGAGUGCAGUGAAUGUGGAAAAUCUUUUACCUGCAAUUAUGACCUUUUUAGAUAUGGGAGAGUUUGUACUGACACAAGACCUCAUGAGUGUGGGGAAUAUGGGAAAUCUUUUUGCUAAAGUGCUAGCCGUGUUCAACUCUAGAGAGUUCACACUGGAGAAAGGCUGUAUGAGUGCAUUCAGUGUGGGAAUUGCUUUACCCACAAAUCUGACCCCAUUAGUCACCAGAGAGUUCAAGCUGAAGAAAAGCCUUAAAUGUGCCGGGAAUGUUUUCUUUCUUCACUUCAUGUAGUAACAUUGGAGGGCACUCUGUGUGAGAGAUAUUUACCUGAAUGUAAACCUCUUUUAUCCAAACAUACACUAUGCAAGAUUUCUAAUGAGUUUCAGGAAUGGCUGAUAAAGUGUGAUUCCCCAGGAGGAAGAAAAGGAAAUGUCCUUGGAGGAUUAGCAGCCAUGGUUAGUCAUUGAUUCUCGGAAGGAUGAGCGUGUUAAACAGUGAAAUGAUCAACAAGCCAAAUCUAGAUUGUGGCAAAUUCUAAUGGACAAAUGGCUUAGCAACUUCAAGUGAAGAAUAAGAAUUAAAAAGUGGGAAGUGGUACCUAUAGGUUAAAAAACUUGUAAAACACACUUAAUUGCCUAAGGAUAAAUUUUGCAUCCAGAUUGCAAUCAACCUGCAUCAAAUAACAACUACACCUGACAGAAUUCAGCACUUAGAACAAUUUAUCAUAAGUUUGAUUUUAUGUGACAAAGCUAUUGGAGUUACAUAUGAGUCUUUACAUUUUAGUAACAUUCUGAAGGGAUUAUGUGUGAAAUCACACGAUGUCUGGGAUUAUAAAUAAGAUCAACCACUAAGUGCCUGAGGGUAGAUGACACAAGAAUGACCGUAAGUUGAUAAAUACCGACAGUAAUGACUAUCAGUCUUCACUUUUUAUAUACUUGAAAGUAGUCAUUGUAAAGGGUAGAGUGUGUCCUGUUAUGAGUCAUUUCAUAUUGUGAGAAGGAUAAAUUUAAAAGCGUGGGAGGAAACUUUUAGUAUUAAUAGUCUAAGCCUCUAAACAUUAAAAUGUGUAUUUUAAAUAUGAGCAGUUUGUCAGUUAUGUCUGAAUUAAACAGUUUAAAACAAA